GUAGUGCGCAAGAAAACCCGGACCAUGGACCUAAACCCCACCUAAACUGUUAAACCCUUCUGAGCCCCUUUCUCUCUCUGAAACUCCUGCCCUGAAGCUCUCUCUCGUUCCUUGACGCAUAAGAGCUGUGACUGAUAACCUGGCAGGAUGCAGAGAGCGGUGAAAUCACUUCUCAUUCAAACACUGAGAACCCCAUUUACCACAAGGGCUCUGCACUAUCAGGUAAGCUUUCUCUCUCUUCCUUCUUUUCAUUCUUCCUCGAUAACCAGCCAUGAAAUAUUUGCUCUCUCUUCACUCAACACGAGCAACACCCAUUUCAAGCUUCAUUUCUCAACAAUGCGCAAACCCCAUGAUCACGUUGUCGUCACAAAACUAGUUUCGCAGAAAGGAUGGUGCGAAGAGAUUGAAAACCAGUUGAACAAACUCAAUCUCAAACUCACCGAUGAAGGAGUUUUGUUUGUGUUGAAAGAACUUGAGAAAAGUCCUAGAAAUUCUUUAGGGUUUUUCAAGUGGGUUUGUGAUAAAAUGGCGCUUAAGCCUAGCAGUGUAGCGUACAAUCUGAUGCUUAGAAUCCUUGGAGUGAAGGAUUCCAUGAAAGAUUUUUGGUGGGUCAUGAACAAAAUGCGGGAAGUUGGGCAUGAAAUUGACAAAGAGACUUAUCCUACUCUUUUGGGAAGGUUUGUGAAAGAAAAAAUGGUGAUUGAAGCUUCUAGUUUGAGGGAAUUAUUCUCUUUAAGACAGAGAGAAACACACACCAAUUCACUGUUAAAUGAAGCAAUCAAACUAUUGGUAGAUUCAGAGUGGAAUGAAGAAGUAAAAUGCAAAUUGAGUUCUCUUGGUCUUCCUUUAUCAGAUUCCACUAUACUUAGAGUUCUCGAAGAAAUUCGAGUGGACCCAUUGAAAGCUUUGGACUUUUACCGUUGGGUUGGAGGGCAACCCAAUUUCAGGCAUAGUGCCAUCACUUACAAUUCAAUAAUUAGGGUUUUGGGUCGCAACGAUAGUGUUAAGGAGUUCUGGGCUAUGGUGAAAGAAAUGAAGGAAAGUGGUUUUGAUAUGGACAUGGACUCUUAUGUUAAGCUCUCCAGGCGCUUUCAGAAAUGGAAUAUGUUGAAGGAAGCAGUUGAGCUUUACGAAUUCAUGUCUGAGGGUCCAUACCAACCAUCUGUUCAGCAUUGUGGCUUACUUUUAAGGAAACUCGCAACGAGUGGUAACCCAGGUCCUGACCUUGUCUUCAGGGUUGUAAAGAAAUUUGAAGGAGCCGGUAAUUCUCUUACAAAAUCUAUUUAUGACGGAAUUCAUAGAUCACUGACCAGUAUGGGAAGGUUUGAUGAGGCUCAGAAUAUCUUGGAGGCCAUGGAAAAAGCUGGUUUCAUACCUGAUAAUAUUACUUAUAGCCAGCUAAUCUUUGGGUUGUGCAAGGCUCAUAGGUUCGAUGAAGCUUGCAAGUUUUUGGAUGAGAUGGAAGCUUUGGGUUGUACUCCGGAUCUCAAAACUUGGACUAUCUUGAUUCAGGGUCAUUGCUUGGCUGGCGAAGUGAAGGAGGCUUUAUCUUGCUUUAAGAAGAUGUUGGGGAAGGGUGUUGAAGCUGAUGCCGAUCUCUUGGAGGUCUUAGUGGCUGGUUUUUGUAAUCAGAAUAGGCCUGAAGAUGCAUAUACCUUACUAAGUGUAAUGAUGACUAAAACCCAUUUGAAACCAUGGCAAGCUACUUAUAAGAUUUUAAUUGAGGGGUUAUUGGGGAGACGAAUGCUUGAGGAGGCUUUGAAGCUUCUUCUUUUGAUGAAGAAGCAGAAGCUCCCAGCCUUUGUGGACCCUUUUAUUGGCUAUAUAUCUAAGAAUGGAAUGGCAGAGGAUGCAAUGGAUCUUUUGAAGACUUUGACAUUGGGGCAAAACCCAUCAUCUGCAGUGUAUGUUAAUAUCUUUGAGGCCUUUAUGAAGGAAGGCAGGUUUACUGAUGCUCAGGAUUUGCUUCACAGAUUCCCUCAUCAUAUCCGGGAUUUCACACUACUGGCAAAAGGAGCAGCUAAGCACGAGGAAGUUGAAGAUAAGGUUGUCUGGAUUACAAGCUCAAGUGGUGGUAUCGGGUUGGAUUCACCAAUCACCUCUUCUCUCUCUGUUCUUACAUUCUUCUAGAAUAUUAUUAUCUUCAAAUUCUAUAUUUCUAGAUUUGAACCAUUUCCGAAGAUCUAAGCAUUGGGCUUCUGUAAAUUCCAAGUUCAGUGAUUCUGAGGUAAAAAUAGUAUGUUAAUGUCGUCUCUCAUUCUUUCUCUCUCUAAUCUUACAUAUGUUCCUGUAAUGAGUUCUUUCUUUUCAUGCAUUACCUGUGCUGUUUUACGCUCGGCUCUUCUCUCGCCCUCUUUGUCAACUGUUUGUGCAUUUUGUGGUCUCUCUCUCUUUUCUAAAACUUGAAUCCUUUUCACUCCAUUGAAGCCGUGAGGACUGUGUUGAUUACUUGCAAUUUCAGCUUAAUAUGUACUAGUAAUAUUGAACAAUUCUUUAUUCCAAAAAAAAUUUCACUUGGGAUUUAAAAGUAUUUCCUUCCCAAAUUUUUUUUCACUUGCUAUUAAUAUUGUGACCUAAUGAAAGGCACUGCUUUCUCUGUUCUGGAUAUUAGUAGAAAAGUAUCUAUUUUGACUUGGUUUGCUAUGUUCUCUUUCCUUUAUUUCAUUAUUUCGAGCCUUGGUAGAAAUACAGUUAGAUUGUUCGAUAGAAGUCCUUUAUAGUGAGGAAAUGGCGAAUUCCUUUUAUAUAUCUUCACCGAUCGCCACAUACAUGCGGUUGCAUGGAAUUCAAAGCCAAUUAUCAUACCUUUACAUGUGGUUGCAUGGAAUUCAAAACCAAUUGUCAUGCCUUCUUUCAUCAUUUUUAUUUGAUAGCCUUGUUUUUUUAAUAGCAUUGAAAGGAUACCAAGUAUAAGGAUCAGAACAUUGUAUAGGUGCAAGCUAUGGAUACAAGCUUCUUCCAUAUUUAUUAGUAUCCUUUUGCUUCAUAAUAAAAUAAAAGGCAGUUAUAAUAAUAAAGUGGAUUUAUUGAAGCUAAGUGUUUCCAUAUGGUAGAUAUUGACUUUAUUAUACUCAUUAGUUAUAUUCCCCUAGCUCUUCAGAUCAAAGCAGCCAUUAGCAGUUCAUGCCAUCUUGUUGGUUAUCCACAUAUUCUCAUGUUUCAAGGAUUGUUGGAUCUGCAUAUUUUCUUCCCAUAGAUCUAAUUCCUUGGUUUAUAUGUUUAUGCUGGCACAUUCAAUCUCUUCCUUCUUUGUCAUGAAGCUUUAGGCACUCUCUCCCCAUUUUUCCUCUCUCUCUCUCUCUCACCCCAUUUUUAUCUACAUAUCAUUCUUUGAUAUCCUUUUAUAUAAAUGUAAUUUUGUUUUGUUUGCUUGCUCUCAUGCUUAGUUUUAGCUUUUUCUAUUUAAAUUGAUUUAUCUUUGUUACUCCUUUAUGAGAUCUCAUAUAUCUUCAACAUGUAAUGAUGGUUCAAUAUGCAAUAGGAAAUUAUGAACAGAUCGCCUUUUUUUUUCUGAAGAUGUUAGACUGUUGUGAAUAGAUCGUUUUCAAGUCAAGAGAACCAAAUAUUAGAUUUUUAUGGAGUAUGACAACCUAAGUUUUGAAAAUCUUGUAUGGAAAUUACUUCAACAAGAAUAUCCUAUGAGCAAGAUUUGUCUCAAAAAUAAGAUUUUUAAUAAGUAUGAUUUGUCUUGUGUAGGAAGAAAAUACUUCAGUGGCAACUAUUUUCUUUUGGCCUUUACCAUGUACAUAAUGCGAACUUUCUUACCCCAUAACUCUUAUGCCUUCUAGGAGAGUUGGGGUGUGCUUUGGUCAUUUAAUCCCCUCUUACGAAAGAUAUUGUCAAGGAUCAUGUUGCAUCAUUUACAAGUUUCUUCAUCAUGGUUGAUUUUCCAUCUCAUUUUUAUUUUUCUAAGUCGUUGAUUUGGCUAGGUAAUAUGGUGCUUAAUUUGGUUCUUUUGUGGCUCAUAACUUCAGAUUGAGUUGCUAUUGUGACAGGUAUUGCAGUACAAGACAUAUAUCUAGAGUUUCUUACAGUGCAAGAUUGUUUACUAUUUAUUUGCGGUUUUAUCAGGAGGACUUUGAUUUUUUAGAAUGUACAAUACAUGAAGAGGGUUUGUGAUUUGCAUGUGCAAGCCUUUGUCUUAGUCUUGAUGAAGGAAAUUUUCAGUAUUUAUUGUUAAUACGUAAAUUUUCGUUGUUAACUCCAAUUCAUAGUUGUAGUAACAGGGUAAAAGUUUGAUGAUAAUAAUAUUGGUGAUAAUGAUGAUGUCUAAGUUCUGAGCAUGAAUAUCAUUGUUGCUCUGUAUAAUUUAAUACAUGUCAUUAUUUCGAUUGGAAAUUACAAAUGUUGUACUUAUCAAGUAUGGCUUCUCAUAUUCUUGUAGGUGAAGAGAUGACUAGUUCAUAAACUAGCAACGCCAUGUCCAUUCUUGUCUAGCAACGCCAUUUCCAUUCAUGUGAAGUCCUGCAAUGCUGUGGCCGACAAUGUAUGAUGUGCAUUUCUCUAAGUAGAGACAAUCCUGGUAGGCAGUACUAAAAAUGCAAGAAUGGAACUCACUGACAUCACCACCAUCAAACAACGAAAUAUUGAUCAAGAUGUUGGACGAUCGACAAAGACAAAUUGCACAAGGGGACUUGUUUUUUGUUGUCAUCAACAUCUCAUGUUUAUUUUAUUUUAUUUUUAUUUUUUGUUUAUGUUUGUUGGUGGCGGACUAGAAAAGUGGACCAAAUUCUCAUGUUUAAUAUUGUUCUGGGAAAAGCAAUUUAUAACAAUGUGAAAUGAACGACAUUCCCAAUGAAAUGGACCCACAAUGGCACAUUGUCUUCUUCAA